AUGUCAACGCCGGGUUGCAAUGAAGUGAACUAUCAACACACUGGUGGACCGUGGUGCGUAUUUCGACAGUGCUCUACUUUGACGCCACCGACCGCAAACGACCCGAGUUGGGAAGCACAUAUAUUACGACCGAGACCGAACCCUGUAUGCUCAAGUCCAUGCCAAAAUGGUGGCAAUUGUACUGCUCCAAAUACAUGUACCUGUGCAAAUGGAUGGACUGGUGCAACAUGUGGAACACGUAUGUAGUUGUUGUCGUUGAAGUACUUCUUCAAUUAGAAAAAAGACUUUGAUUACGAUUCUUUGACACUUAGUUAUUAAUGACGAUUUUUAUUUGUGCAACUAGAUGCCAUAUACAGUCGUUUGGAAGCUAUCUGCUGAUCACACUGUAUAGGAUCUUUCGAAGUUCGGAAUAAUGUAAUCAGUGAGAAUAGAGAAGAUUCUUCUAAAUUAUCGCAUUUGCUAAUACAGUCUACAGAAGUAUGGGUAGGUGUGAGUGGCUAUAGGUGAGAAUGCCAGUGUGGGUGUAUAUGUCUCGUUUUCAUUCAUACUCACACCCACGUCGUCACUCUAUACCCUCCCGAGGUAUCCACGGACGUUAGAAUCCAUCUUUUGGCCAUAAUUAGAUCUGGAUGAGGUAUGAAAAACUCCAAAAAGGUAACGGCUCUCAGAUUUUCUAUCCCGAAUUAUAGACAUUUUCCUAAAAGCUUUACUUUAUGACAUGGUAUUUACCAACAAAUCGAAGGAUUUUAUGUGGUAUGACAUUUUACCUACAGACAGAUCUAGCUGUGUGCAAAAUGUUUUGAAAAUUUGAGCUCAAAAUGAUGUUUUCUUUUCAAGGUACUAAAAUGCGAAAAAACAAAAAGUCUAGCAUCUUUCGGUACAUAUGAGUGAUUUUGGGACUUUGAUAUCUUGAGGAGAAAACAUUCUCUUCAGUUGAAAUUUUCGAGAAUUGAGUCGAAACGCAAUUGGAUGAAAUAUCUGAGAAUAUAAUAAGGAAUUGAUAAUGCA